GUUUCUACACAAGGUCACAAACCUUUAUAAUGACCAUGGCCACACCCCCUCACCCUCCAGCUGACCAUGUGACCUGUGAGAUGCAUCCAGGUCUUUAAAAGGUGCUCGUUCCCGAGACAGACACAGACGACAAGAGUCACAGCCACAGGAUGUUCGGCUCUGUGCUGCUCUGCUGGUGCUCCUUCACACUGCUGCGUUUCUCUUCCUCUCUGGUUCAUGGAAACAUCCAGCUGGAAGAUGGUCCGCCUGCUGCCCGCCGUGCCGAACCCUCAUAUCUGUCGGAAAUGGACCGAAGCCACGCCCCCGAUCCCGUGCAUGACCCUGUCCUCCUACCCAUUGACUCGGUGGAGGAUCACUUCCUGAUGGACGCAGGGUCCUACGAUGAGGACUCAUCAGCAGCCUUACAGCUGCAGGGUCGGGCCAUGCGUUCACCUCGUCGAUGCAUCCCCCACCAACAGUCCUGUCUGGGUUACCCUCUGCCCUGCUGUGACCCCUGUGACACCUGCUACUGUCGCUUCUUCAAUGCCAUCUGCUACUGCCGCCGAGUCGGCCACACCUGCCCGCCCCGACGCACCUGAUGAUGCACCUGACGACACACCCGACAACGCACUUGACAGUGAGGUGUUGAGAGGAGACAUGUAAACAGAAACCUAUUGAUACUUUCUGUUACAUGUUGGAUAGAUGUGCUCUAAUAAAUGACUGUUGAGGAAAAUAUAUUUUCAGAUGUUUAAAGUGUUUCUUGAAUAAAGGACAACAUGAUAACAAUAAUUCUGAUUAAUUAAAUAAAAAUGAGAGAUGUGUUCACUGAGCUUUAAUGUGUUGCUGCAUUUUAGUAAAGCACAAGUUUCCUCUGCUUCAGUCUUUCUUAUGUUAUAAAAAGUACCAGAAAAUCAAAUUUGAGUAAAAGAUAUUCUGUAAAAUAUAGACUUCAGUAAAAGUGAGGUCAUUUGAAUCCAUUGUAGUUUCUGUCUUCAUCAAAGGUGUCAGUGUGUAGUUUGUUAAUAAAAGAAUCUGUGGAGGCGAGGCUGGGUGGACUGA